AUGAUAAUACCGAGUACACAUCUUUUCCACCUUUUAAUAAUAAUACCGCUAAUAACAUUCCAAGUCAUCCUAGCAUCAGAUACUAAAGAUUCAUCGCAUCAUUACGCUCCACAACAAGUAGCAUGUCCAGCAAAUUCACAUUUCACAAGAGAAGCAUCUGGUCUCUCCACUAAUGAAAUUAAUUGGUUAUCCACUAGAGAUCAAGUAACAACACCUGCAUUAUACGAUUUCUUAAAUCGUACCACAUCAAAUUUUAAAAAUAAUUCAAUUUUUAAUGAAAUUUUUAAACACGAGAAUAAUUUACCAAGAAUUGCUAUUGCCAUCAGUGGAGGUGGGUAUAGGUCAAUGCUCACCGGUGCUGGUGUAUUAUCUGCUAUGGAUAUACGUACAGACAACGCGUCAACCAUCGGAUUGGGUGGCCUAUUACAAUCAACUACUUACAUAUCUGGUGCAUCCGGUGGAAAUUGGCUCGUGGGCUCUCUUUCAUGGAAUAAUUGGACUGCAAUACAAGAUAUUCUAAACAACAUGCAUAAAGAUAAUUCAAUCUGGGAUCUAGAUGAUUCCAUAGUCUCUCCAGGUGGCUUUAAUAUUUUCAAAUCAGCAAAACGUUGGGAUCAUAUUUCUAAUGCUGUGGAAGCUAAACAAGACGCAGGUUUCGAUACAUCAUUGACUGAUGUUUGGGGUAGAGCUCUCUCCUAUGCCUUUUUCCCAUCUUUAGAAAGAGGUGGAAUUGGCUCCACUUUCAGUUCUUUAAGAAAUUCUCCAGUCUUCCAGGAUGGUCAAAUGCCCUUCCCAAUUUCAGUAGCGGAUGGUAGAUAUCCAGGCUCAAGAGUUGUCAAUUUGAAUACUACAGUUUUUGAAUUCAACCCCUUCGAAAUGGGUUCAUGGGACGGUUCCUUAAAUGCUUUCACAGAUAUUAAAUAUCUCGGAACGGAUGUAUUUAAUGGUAAGCCAUCAAAUGAUAGUGAGUGUGUUAUUGGCUACGAUAAUACUGCUUUCAUUCUGGGUACAUCAUCAACCCUGUUCAAUCAAUUCUUAUUAAGAAUCAAUUCAACAAGAAUGCCAAAUUUUAUAAGGAAAUUAGCAACACAUUUCUUGAAGGACUUAUCGCAAGAUUUUAACGAUAUUGCCGUCUACAGUCCAAAUCCUUUUAAAGGUACAGAUUAUAUUGUCAAAAAUUAUACGAAAAGUAUAGUAAAAUCAGAUUCUUUGUUCUUAGUCGAUGGCGGUGAAGAUGAUCAAAAUAUACCUCUGAUUCCAUUAAUACAAAGAGAACGUGAUGUAGACGUAAUAUUUGCUGUGGAUAAUUCAGCAGAUAUGAUGGCACAAUGGCCUGACGGUUCCUCUUUAAUUCAUACUUUUGAAAGGCAAUUUGUAAAACAAGGUGAAGAUAUCGCAUUCCCAUGGGUUCCUGACACUAACACGUUUGUUAACCUAGGUUUAAACAAGAGGCCAACUUUCUUUGGCUGUGACGCUUCAAACUUGACCGAUUUGUCAUAUAUCCCACCAUUGGUUGUAUAUUUACCAAACUCACAAUAUUCAUUCAAAAGUAAUCAAAGUGCUUUCAAGUUGUCAUACUCUGAACGUGAAAGACGUAAAAUGAUUCAAAAUGGAUUUGAAGUUGCCACAAGAAAUAAUUUCACCGAUGAUCCUGAUUUCAUGGGUUGCGUUGGCUGUGCUAUAAUGAGACGUAAACAGGAAUUCUUCAAUAUAUCAUUGCCAAUCGAAUGUGAAGAAUGCUUCAUAAAUUAUUGUUGGGAUGGUACUUUGGAUACAACAGAACUUCCAGACCGUGAAAAGGAUUGGCAUAACAGCUUUAUCUAUGAACAUGGGAAGUCAAACUUCACGUACCUCUUGAAUGAAACAUUAGAUAAUUCACAAGAGAUCGAUGAAUUUGAUGAAUUGAAUCAACAUGAAGAGGAUCCGUACUUGAGAAACGCAAAUUCCAAGAAAGUUAAAAAUGAUAAUGACGGUCUCAUAUUACCUCCCGUUAUCAAUCUUAAGAUAAUUAUGUUUCUUCUGUGUAUAAUUACAUUCUUAUUAGGACUAGUAUAA